GCAUUUUUGGAUUUUCAACAAUCGGAAUUCUUCUAUGGCCAAUGUACUUUAUUUACACUGGAGAAAGUUUCGGACUGGGGCCUGAAUUAAGAUUUGAGGAUGCUAUAGAUGGGUUUACUCAGAUCGCCAACAGUCCUGGAAUAUUAGGAUGGACGAUAGGAAAUAUGUUCUCCAUUGCUUGCUUUAAUUUUGCAGGAAUCACGGUUACAAAGGAGCUGACAAGUACAACCCGAGCUGUUCUCGACAAUAUUAGACAAAUCUUUAUUUGGGGUUUCUCACUUAUAAUAGGCUGGCAGGAAUUUAAUCCUCUUACGCCUGUUGGUUUUGUUGUGCUGAUUACGGGAAUGUGGAUCUACAACGACGUGAUUGUGAGGCCCCUGUUGUACAAGCUCAUGGGGAAGAAGAUGCCGACCUACGAGAAGGAGAAGAAGAUGGAAGAAAUCGAAGAGAAAGCAUAGCAAAUUUUUAAAAUAAUAUAUUUUAUUAAAAGAAU